AUGAGGUACCUGCUGGAAAUCUGGAAUCUAGAUUCACUGCAAAUAAGUAGUAUGAGGAUGUCUGACUCUGAAGCAAGAAUUGGAAGUGAUGCACUUUUGGCUGUGAUUCCAGAUCCAGUUACAUGUUUUUCAACUGCAAAGUAUUCUCAAACUCAAGUAUUCAAAGUCUUUCCCAGCUCCAGCUUGCUCAUUGUUGAUUGGAUAACUAGCGGCCGUUAUGGAAGAGGUGAAAAGUGGGACUUUGAACUUUACAAGAGCACUAACAACAUUUUUCUGGAAGCUGAUGAGCCUUUGUUUCUUGACACGAUAUUGCUAGAGCAGGGAAGGUAUAGCAGUAUUGCUGAACGGAUGCAAGAUUAUCAAGUAAUUGCGAUGGUUAUACUUUUGGCCCAAAGCUGA